AUGAUAGCAGCGCUGCGAUCAACUCUGUCCCUCCCGACACUUGGCUUUAAGCUCUCUCGCUUCCAACUCGAAGCUGCUCGAUUUGCAGCUCCAACGCCUUCCUUCUUCACCAAACAAGCCCUUCCAGCUCCGUGUAGGCUCAGGCACAAUCUAGUAACAAUGGGUUCCCAAUCAACUGCCAAGCGAUCCAAGGCCGAUGGUCAAGAACAUAUCAUCACCCACAGUGGAACGUUCCACGCCGACGAAGCACUCGCCGUCAACCUCCUUCGCACUCUCCCUCGAUUCUCCUCUGCUCCCCUAACCCGUACUCGCGACACCACCAUCAUCGAUUCCGGCACAAUCGUAGUUGAUGUCGGCGCGACGUACAACCCUAUCACGCACCGCUACGACCAUCAUCAACGUGGAUUCGAACAAGUUUUCUCCCCCGAACACUCGACUAAACUCUCUUCGGCCGGUUUGGUCUGGAAGCAUUUCGGCAAGGAAAUCGUCUCGACCCAUCUUCAGGUCCAAGAUGCGCCCACCGUCGAUCUUCUCUGGAAGAAACUCUACGAUGAUUUUAUCGAAGCAAUCGACGGUAUUGAUAACGGAAUCUCCCAGUAUCCCUCCGAUCUUAAGCCCAAGUACAAGUCCAGGACAGAUUUGUCGGCGAGGGUGGCAUAUAUGAAUCCGAGUUGGAACGAAUCUUGGAGCGAUGCCGAAUCGGAUGCGAGGUUUGAAAAAGCUAGUCUCAUGGCUGGCGCCGAGUUUUUCCAGAGGUUGCAAUAUGCCUAUAAGAGUUGGUUGCCUGCUAGACAGAUUGUUGUCCAAGCACUGGGCAAGAGGGAGGUGGCUCAGGUGUUGGUGUUUGAUGAAUUUGCUAGUUGGAAAGAUCACUUGUUUGACUUGGAGAAGGAGCUCAACAUCGCUCCGACCGAAAGGCCGAUUUAUGUUGUCUAUCCAGAUGAAAGUGGAAAGUGGAGGAUUCAAGCUGUUCCCGUAUCCCCCGAGAGUUUUGUGAGUAGGAAAGCCUUGCCCGAACCUUGGAGGGGAAUAAGGGAUCAACAGCUGAGUGAAUUGACGGGGAUCGAAGGAUGUAUAUUUGUUCAUCAAUCAGGAUUUAUUGGUGGAAAUGCUACAAAGCAAGGUGCGCUCAAGAUGGCGUCUGAUGCGUUGAAGCAUACCGAGGUUCCUUUUAUCCACUCUGCUCCCCUUGGUCGUUCUGGCGGUCCCCACUCUCACUCCCACUCUCACUCUCACUCUGCGGGUGGAGGUGGAGCAGACCAUGGUCACACACACGACAUCAUGGGCCACCCUGGAAAGUUCAACGAUCGAGAUGUACCCAAUUACGAAAAGCGCAACUUCGCCGAACGAGCAUUCACCGUUGGCAUUGGUGGACCCGUAGGCUCCGGUAAAACGGCGCUUCUCCUUUCCCUUUGCCGAAAACUUCGGGAGGAAUACAACAUUGCCGUCGUAACCAACGACAUCUUCACUCGUGAAGAUCAAGAGUUCCUCCGUCGACACUCGGCUUUAAGUCCGGCUUCUAAAAUCCGCGCAAUCGAGACCGGCGGAUGUCCGCACGCAGCAAUCCGAGAAGAUAUCUCGGCAAACCUGGAAGCACUCGAACAGCUACAGGCGCAGUUCGAAACUCAACUGCUCUUCGUCGAGUCCGGAGGCGACAACCUUGCUGCUGCCUACUCGGUCGAGUUAGCCGACCUGCACGUCUAUGUCAUCGAUGUUGCAGGAGGAGACAAGGUGCCCAGGAAAGGUGGUCCGAGUAUUACACAGAGCGAUGUUCUGGUGAUCAACAAGAUUGAUCUGGCUGAUCAAGUAGGUGCUGAUCUGGCAGUCAUGAAGAGAGAUGCAGAACGCGUCAGAGAUGGCGGUCCAACAGUCUUUGCAAGUGUAAAGUUGGACCAGGGAGUGGAUGCAGUGGUGCAAAUGAUACUUGCCGCUAGGAGGAUCGCUGGUGCUGAUAAAACAGGCAAACCCGUAACCAAGGCUUGA